AUCAUAAAUAAUAAAAUAUAAACAAUAUAUGAACAAUAGUUUGAAUUUAAAAAUGUUUUUAACAAGAAUAAGAAUUGAAUCAGUGAUUGAUUGGGCGUUGUUCACAUUCAUAAACUUUUAAAAGAAUACCGAAACUAAAACAUAAAAGUGCACCAAGUCACAAGUGACAAGUUAAACUUCAAGUGCACUUAAAUGACUUUGAAUUCUUUAACAAAGCUGCACGCGUUCAAAUUAUGAUUGAAGUCUUAUGACCACAUUUUUACUGUUUUGUUUAUUUUAUUUCACAGUUCGUGAACAUUCAUUUUGUUAGGUUAGAACAUGUCUGGAAUGGACAAAGUGUCGUUGGCGGAUGCAUUGUCGAAUGUCGAUGUAUUAGAUGAGUUAACAUUACCGGAUGAACAACCAUGUAUUGAGGCACAACCAUGUUCGGUUGUCUAUCAGGCAAAUUUCGAUACAAAUUUUGAAGAUCGAAAUGGAUUUGUUACCGGUAUCGCCAAAUAUAUUGAGGAGGCUACAGUGCAUGCGAGUUUAAAUGAAUUACUGGAAGAGGGCCAAGAACAUGCCGUCAUGCUGUACACAUGGCGAUGUUGUUCGCGUGCAAUACCACAGCCAAAAUCGAAUGAACAACCGAAUCGAGUGGAAAUUUAUGAAAAAACUGUCGAGGUUCUUGCCCCAGAAGUCAAUAAAUUAUUGAACUUCAUGUAUUUUCAGCGAAAAGCGAUUGAUCGAUUUUCGGCCGAAGUAAAACGGCUAUGUCAUGCAGAAAAACGUAAAGAUUUUGUGUCGGAAGCAUAUUUAUUAACUUUGGGCAAAUUUAUAAAUAUGUUCGCUGUUUUGGACGAACUCAAAAAUAUGAAAUCUAGCGUCAAAAAUGAUUAUUCCACUUAUAGGAGAGCUGCACAAUUUUUAAAAGUAAUGUCCGAUUCACAAACAUUACAAGAAUCUCAAAAUUUAUCAAUGUUUUUGGCAACUCAAAAUAAGAUUCGGGACACUGUAAAAGAGAAUUUAGAGAAAGUACCCGGUUAUGAAGAUUUAUUAGCGGAUGUUGUGAAUAUUUGUGUUCACAUGUACGAAUCGAAAAUGUAUCUGACGCCCAGCGAGAAACAUAUGCUUGUCAAAGUGAUGGGUUUUGGUCUAUUUUUAAUGGACAGCGAUCUAUGCAACAUUAAUAAAUUGGACCAGAAGAAAAAACUACGAUUGGAUCGUAUUGAUCGUAUUUUCAAGAAUUUAGAAGUGGUGCCCUUGUUUGGUGACAUGCAAAUCGCACCUUUUAACUACAUCAAACGGAGCAAACAUUUCGAUCCAAGUAAAUGGCCUUUAUCUAGUUCCACAACAAUUUCACCUCAAGCUGAUUUAAUGGUGCAUUUGCCACAGAUCCGAGAGGAUCACGUUAUGUACAUCAGCGAACUUGCACGAUAUAGCAACGAAGUUACAACCACCUACAAAGAAAGUGGCACUGAUGCUGAGAAUCGUGAAACUGCUGAGUUAGCUUUGCGUGGCUUACAAUUGUUGUCCGAAUGGACUUCGGUCGUUACCGAAUUAUAUUCGUGGAAGUUAUUACAUCCAACGGAUCAUCACCAGAAUAAAGAAUGUCCGCCAGAGGCCGAAGAAUAUGAACGGGCUACUCGAUAUAACUACACGGACGAAGAGAAAUUUGCGUUGAUUGAAGUAAUCGCUAUGAUUAAGGGUCUUCAAGUGUUGAUGGCACGCAUGGAAACGGUGUUUACAGAUGCAAUAAGACGUCAUAUUUAUGCAGAACUACAGGAUUUUGUGCAAUUGGUAUUACGUGAACCGUUGCGUAAAGCAAUUAAGAAUAAAAAAGAUUUGAUACGUAGUAUAAUUGUAUCGGUGCGUGAAACAUGUGCUGACUGGCAACGGGGUGUUGAGCCCCAACAGGAUCCAGCACUCAAAGGUAAAAAAGAUACGGAGAAUGGUUUUGGUAUAAAAGUGCCCCGUCGAAAUGUUGGGCCAUCCAGUACUCAGCUGUACAUGGUGCGAACAAUGUUGGAAUCCUUAAUUGCGGAUAAAUCUGGAGGCAAGCGAACCUUGCGCAAGGAUAUUGAUGGACAAUAUUUAAUGCAAAUUGAUCAAUUUCAUAAAAUGUCUUUUUAUUGGAAUUAUCUUUUGAGUUUUAGUGGUUCCUUACAAAAUUGUUGUGAUCUUUCCCAAUUAUGGUAUCGUGAAUUUUAUUUGGAAAUGACAAUGGGACGACGAAUUCAAAAAUGUACGGUACGCCAUCAUCAUAACGAAGAGUGCAGUGAUUUGAUAACAAUGGAAAAACGUAUACAAUUUCCGAUUGAAAUGUCAAUGCCUUGGAUUCUCACUGAUCACAUUUUAAAAACCAAGGAACCAUCUAUGAUGGAGUACGUGCUAUAUCCAUUGGAUCUAUAUAACGACAGCGCAUUAUACGCGUUAACAAUAUUCCGUAAACAAUUUUUAUACGAUGAAGUCGAAGCGGAAGUGAAUUUAUGUUUUGAUCAAUUUGUUUAUAAAUUAAGCGAACAAAUUUUUGCAUAUUAUAAACAAUUAGCUGCAAGUAUAUUCCUGGAUAAACGAUUUCGUGUUGAGUGUGUUGCACUGGGCACAUAUUUACAGCCGUAUCCACGUGCCAAUCGUUACGAAACACUAUUGAAACAACGUCACGUUCAAUUGUUGGGCAGAUCAAUUGAUUUAAACAAAUUGAUUACGCAACGGAUUAACGCUGAUAUGCAAAAAUCUUUGGAUUUGGCUGUUAGUAAAUUUGAGGCUGGUGAUAUCACUGGUGUUGUGGAAUUGAAUGGUUUGCUAGAAGUAAAUCGUUUAUGCCAUAAAUUGUUAAGUAAAUGGUUGGCAUUAGAUGAAUUCGAUGCAAUGUUUCGAGAAGCGAAUCAUAAUGUUUUGGCACCGUAUGGCCGUAUUACAUUACAUGUAUUCUGGGAAUUAAAUUAUGAUUUUUUGCCAAAUUACAUUUACAAUGCGGCCACAAAUCGUUUUAUCAAAUGUCGUGGAAUACAAUUUGCACCGCAAGUACAUCGUGAUAAACCACCACAAAUGUCACAUCAUUAUUUGUGGGGCACAAAACCAUUAAAUCUUGCGUAUACAACACAAUAUAAUCAAUAUACAGGUUUUGUGGGUCCAUAUCAUUUUCAUAUGAUGUGUAAAUUAUUAGGAUAUCAAGGUAUUGCUGUUGUUAUGGAAGAAUUAUUGAAAAUUGUAAAAAGUUUAAUUCAGGGCAAUUUAUUACAAUUUACAAAAACAUUGAUGGAAGCCAUGCCCAAAGUUUGUAAAUUACCGAGAUAUGAUUAUGGCUCACCAGGUGUGCUUGGCUACUAUCAUGCUCAAUUAAAUGAUAUCGUGCAAUAUCCGGAUGCAAAAACGGAACUAUUCCAUAAUUUUCGUGAAUUUGGUAACAUAAUCCUAUUUUGUCUAUUAAUGGAACAAGCAUUAUCACAAGAGGAAGUUUGUGAUUUGUUACAUGCAGCUCCAUUUCAAAAUAUUUUACCCCGUCCUUUUUGUAAAGAAGGUGAAAAACCUGAAACAAAACAAAAACGAUUAGAAGCUAAAUAUGCCGCAUUACAAAUCGUGCCAAAUAUCGAUAAGUUUGGAACGGCUAAGCAAGCGAUGAUUGCUCGUGAAGGCGAUUUAUUAACACGAGAACGAUUGUGUUGCGGUUUAUCAAUAUUUGAAGUAGUUUUAAAUCGCUUAAAAACAUUCUUAGACGAUCCAAUUUGGGUGGGUUCACCGCCCGUCAAUGGGGUGCUUAAUGUUGAUGAAUGUACAGAAUUUCAUCGACUUUGGUCCGCAUUACAAUUUGUGUAUUGUAUACCGGUUGGAGAAACAGAAUUUACAGUCGAAGAACUGUUCGGCGAAGGAUUACAUUGGGCUGGAUGCACGAUGAUUGUAUUAUUAGGCCAACAGAGACGAUUUGAGGCGUUAGAUUUUUGCUAUCACAUAUUACGAAUUCAAAGAGUGGACAGCAAAGAUCAAAAUGUUAAAGGAAUUCAUUUAAAGCGUAUGGUUGAUCGAAUUCGACGAUUCCAAGUAUUAAAUUCACAAAUAUUCGCUGUAUUAAAUAAAUUUUUAAAAUCUGGUGAUGCGGAUAACAUGUCUGUGGAACAUGUACGAUGUUUCCCACCGCCAAUGCAUCCGUUGGUCGCCCCUCAACAACAUUACCAGGCUCCAGAAUGUCUACGGCAAUAAGUUGUUUUUUUUUUUCAUAAAAUUUUUGGAUGUUCACACAUAUUAUUAGGCCUUUAGUUUUACACUCGAUACAAUUUUUUUUUGUGUGUUUUCGUUUAUUAGUUUUUAGACGUCUUCCACAUUUCCAAAGUGAUUUCUGUUCGAUAAAACGGCUAAAUUGUUUUUUUGGAUAGAUGAGUCAAAAUUAAAAAAGGUGCUUUAAUUAUUGCAAAAAGACAUUCCUUCAAAGAUUUAGAAUCCAUGAUUAUUUGUUAGUAAUAUUUUUUAUUUAAUUAUUUAUGUUGAGUUCCAAGGACUGAGCAGAAAGAGAGGGAGCAAAUCACUUCAUUCAAAAUGGCCGAUCAUUUGAUCCCAUCAAUUUUUAAGGCAUGUUCUUUUUUUUUUGAGUACGUAAAUUUAAUGUUAAGUAAAGAUUAAUUAUUAAGCCUUUAUUUUUAGACUGAGUUUAGGUUCAAAUUAUUCCGACUGUUCCCAAACACAUGUAAGUGAUAACUUUCGAGAAUCCAGCUAAUUUUCUUUAAUGUUCGCUUCGUACAAAAGGCAUAUUUUAGCAACUAAUUUCGAACAUUUUAUUUGAAGUCAUUCUACGCAUACAGGAUGUACAAUGAGUUAGGUAAAAUCUCUGAAGAAUGAAUUCGUUAGUUUUAUUAAAUUGUGUAUUCAAAAGGGUGUAUUCGACGCGAUUAAACAUUAAAGAAAACAAUCAAAGAAUUUCCCAAGAAAAAUCAUUUUCUGUAGUUUGGUUGGAACAGUCUGCGUUUAGGAAAAAAAGACAGUUUUCAUUUUCAUUUCGAUUUCGUAAGGUGGUUUUUCUAGCAUAUCUAGAAUUGUCUUUGUUGCGCUACAUUGGUACGAUUCGGCCUUUCGUAUGGCUUUUUUAUGAUAUAGAGAUAACGUAGAUUUAUUUCAUGGGCGUCAUUAAGAUUUCUUUCAAUAGAGGGUCCUCUAUUAAAUUUAAAUGUAAUAUUUUAGUAGUCAGCGAUCUAGUAUGCAUACAGAUAGAAAAUACAGGGGGGUGGAUAAGCCCUCUGAAUAGAUACGCUCAUGCUUUACUUUGUUAAUUGUAAAUAGAUUAAUUUUUCAAUCGAUAGAUUCAACAAUGGUUUAUUAAUUUUUUUUUUCAAAACAGCAAACUAUUGUAAAUUAAUGCAAUGAAUGGAGGGAAAUGAAACAGGAGGUAGUGAAGCGAGUGGAGGAGGGGGCGGGUUUGGUUGAUUGUUUAAAACAAACAUGUUAAUUUUGAUUGAUAGGUUAUAGGUUAUGUAGAUUUUUAUACUUUAGAUUUGUAAGAAGUACAUAAAUUAAAUUUAAAAAAGAAUAUUAAUUUAUUAAAUCAGAAAUAAACCGGUUAUAAUGACAUUGAAAGAACCUACAAUUAUGGUCAUUUUAUCUAAUAUUUACAUAAUUAUAGCGAUUUGUACAUUUUUGGAGACUUCUUAAAAAUCGAUUUUCGAUAUAAGGCGCCCGAU